AUGGGUUGCACAGCAAGCAAUUUCUCAUACGACACCAACGAGAGUAGCUAUGGCACCAAUAUGCCAAGUCGGUCAAUGCCGCGUAAACGUAACUUUAGCAGCCGUGUCGAGUGUACCCAAAGCAGUGCUUUGCCCACCGAACACACCAACUCAAGCGCCAGCACUUGGAGUAGCUGCAGUACACCGCCACCACCCAGAAGCUGUUCGACGCCGAACAAAAAGAAGCGAAUUCUCCCUAAGCGACCAGCGUUCCUAAAGCUCAGCCGCAAGGAUAUGCCAAAAGCGCUGGCGCGUUUAACACUCAGCGAUAGGACACAACCAGAACCCACAACACCGCCAAGACAACAUAAACGCAUAAUGGAACAAUCGAUUGGUUACUUCACCGGCUCCACAGAUGAUUUGGAUAGCAGUUGCAGUAGUUUUAGUUACGACAGUCUCCUAUUAAACACACAAGAUAUGAGUCGCUCAAGUGCGAGUGUUAACAGCAGUGAUAGUGACACCUCAAACGGCAGUGAACCAGUUUCUAAUUUAAAAAUGGAAAUCUUAAUGAUGCGUGAGAAUGUACAGCUGAUGCCGAAGACAUCGUCGCCAUUUUGUGUACGUCGCGACUUCAUUAAUUGCGCUGGCAGCGAAGUGAAUUUCGCCAAUUUUACACCACCAUCGGAUACUUAUUGCCUGUGGCGUCAAUAUCUACAGGAUACACCGGAUUACUCAUUUGGCAAUGUUACCGCCAUACCCGAAGCGAUUGCGGGACAAUUUAGUCCAGAGAAUCAUCCUGCAUAUACCAAACUACAGAAUUUUGAAUGUGUCAGCGCGCCGAAACGUUAUCGCGUACAGGUCAGGAAAGCCAAUCACGCCGCGCCUAGAAUGCCACUAGCUGCUGCAGUGCCUGAUUGUGGUGUCACACGCUCCACCAUCUCAACCGAAUUGUGAACACGCAGCUCCGCUCUAUGCGGAAUUGUCGUUGUCUCGCUGGUUGAGAAGAAGACGAUUGCUGGAUCUUAAGUGGAUUUUAAAACUGACUCUGUGUUACUAUAUAUGCUGUGAUUUGGACGACUGCUGACUGAUAGAAACUGACAAGACAAAAUAUAUUCUGAAUAUAUGCGAUUUAUAUUAGUGCUAAUGAUGUAUAUAUGUAUUUUAAUAUUGUUAGUUUUUAAGUGUUACAAAUGAAUAUGAAUUAAAUUACUUAUUAUUAUUAUA